AUGGGGUUCCUACAAUCACUAUGCAUGAGUAAAUUAUUGGAAUAUUUCUCAGAAAACAAAAAACUUACGACAAAAGAAGCAUAUAUUUAUGGAAUGGCCGUUGUUUUAUCUAGUCUACUUCGAGUGAUAAGUUUCCAGUUCCAUUAUUUGGAAACUUUCAGCACUGGGUUUUUUUUCACGAAAGCUGCUGUUGAAAGACAAAAAAUGACCAGAGAAAGAGACAGUCGGAUACGAAUAAUGAACGAUAUUAUUUUUAGAACGAGAGAAAUUAAAACGUACGCUUGGGAGACGCCUUUCGCUGAAUUCGUAAAUAAAAUUAGGAGAAUAUCGAUGCAGCAUUCCAUUUUGGCUGUUAAUUUAAUGUCAGAUUUGAAAGUGUGUAUAACCCGUAUUGAAACAUUUUUGCUUUCGGAUCAUGAAUCAACAGUUGACACACAAAAAAUAGAAGGUAUACCAUGUUGUAAAAUAUAUGCUCAUAAUUUAACAGCUAAAUGGAACCCAUCACAAGAGGCGGCGAUAAAAAACGUUGAUUUUAUACUUGGUUGUGGUCAGUUAGUUGCACUUACCGGAGACACAGGGAGUGGAAAGUCUUCUUUACUUCAAGCUAUAUUGCAAGAACUACUUAUAGUCGAUGGAAAUAUAUCCCAGGAUGGUUUGAUAUCUUAUGCAUCGCAAAAUCCAUGGGUGUUCUCGGCAACCAUCCAAGAAAACAUUAUAUUUAAUGAAACCUUUAACCAGAACAAGUAUUUGAAUGUUCUUAAAAUUUGCGCUUUAGAAUAUGACAUCUCUCUUUUUUCCCACGGAGACAAAACAUUGGUGGGAGAAAGAGGAGCUAUGUUGAGUGGAGGCCAAAAAGCCAGAAUUAACUUGGCACGAGCUAUAUACAAAGAUGCAGACAUUUAUCUUUUAGAUAAUCCUCUAGCGGCAAUGGAUGUAUGUGUCGCUCAACACAUUUUUACUCAAUGUAUUUUGCAAUAUCUAAAAACCAAAAGUGUUGUACUAAUAACACAUAAUUUAAAAUUUCUCAAUUAUUCCGAUAAAGUGUAUGUUCUGGAAGAUGGGAGGGUAACGUUUUCCGGAAAAUAUGAAACAUUAAAAGAUUUACCAAAUAACGUACAAGAAAACAAUAAUAAAACACCGACAAAACUUUCAGGGAAAAGUUAUAAAGCCCAAAAUGAAACUAAAGAACACAGAGGUAGCGAUAAAGUAAACACAUAUACAACAUAUUUAUUUGCAAAUGAUAGCAAGUUCUUCGUCGUUCUUCAGCUCCUCCUUUUCAUUUUAACUCAAGUUUUUGUAAACGGUUCAGACGUGUUCUUGUCUUUCUGGAUCAACCUGAGGCAAAAUCCUUCUAAUUUCAACACAACAAUACUACAAUACUUUUCCGACGUUAAAUGUUUGUACAUUUACAGUGGAUUUAUUCUAAUAAUGCUAUUUUUGUUUCACAUGGGUUCUGUAAACUUUGUAGAAUGCUGUUAUAUGUGCUCCGUUAAGUUACACGAUACGUUGUUUAACAAAAUUCUAUAUGGGACUAUGAAGUUUUUCGACAACCACGCAUCUGGUCGAAUUAUUAAUAGAAUUUCUAAUGAUAUAAGUGCAAUCGAUGAGAUCAUCCCCAAAAACAUGUAUCAAGGUGCAAGACAAGUUUGUUCUGUGUUAGGUGUUUAUGUUGUUGUCAAUGCAGUAAAUUAUUACAUGAUUGUACCAACGUUGGUUUUGUUGGUAAUUUUUUAUUACCAUAUGGAAGCUUUCCGGCCAGUACUUAUCAAACUGAAGAGAAUCACCGCCACACGUAAAAGUCCUAUUUACACUCACGUGGUUGCUACCGUUGACGGAUUGACAACCGUCAAAGCUUCAAAGGCUCAAAAACACUGUGAUAUGUACAUGAUUAAGAUUUAUAGUGAUCUUGAUUCGCAGAUGACUUCAGUUGAGAGAGUUGCCGAAUACGAAGACCUAACAGUCGAAGACAUUAAUAAAAAUGAAAUUAAUCCUCCCAGCACAUGGCCUGCAAACGGCAAAAUUCUGUUUCAAUCAGUCUCCAUGCGAUAUUCUCCCGCAAAACCGUUUGUCCUCAAAAACAUCAAUGUGGAAUUUCGAGCUGGUGAAAAAAUAGGAAUCGUUGGCAGAACUGGUGCUGGAAAAUCGUCUUUGAUAAAUGCGCUCUUUCACUUGUACGAAUUCGAAGGAACAAUAUUAAUAGACAACGUCGAUAUAACAAUGGUUCCUCUUCGCAAACUGCGAUCUCGAAUAGCGAUUGUUUCUCAAGAUCCUGUUCUUUUCUCAGGUACUAUACGCGAAAAUUUAAAUCCUUUCAAAGAAUUCACGGACUACCAGUUAUGGAGUGUUCUAGAAGAAGUAAAUCUAAAACAGAUUGUUUCAAAUUUACCCUCUGGUUUGAGCAGUUCUUUCUCGGAAGCCAGUGUCGAUUUUAGUACUGGACAGAAACAACUAAUGUGUUUAGCUAGAGCUAUUUUGAAGGAAUGUACAAUUAUUGUUCUUGACGAAGCAACUGCCUUUCUUGACUUAGACACCGACAAAUUAAUUCAAGCCACAAUUCAGAAGAGAUUUCAUAAGGCAACGAUUUUAAGAAUUGCACAUAGAUUGGACAAUGUGAUGAAUUCGGAUAAGAUCGUGGUUUUAGAUGAUGGUUGUGUUGUGGAAUUUGGCACCCCGAAUGGACUUCUACAAAACAUGAAUGGUUAUUUUUACAAAUACGUCCAUGAAUAUGAAAAUUCUUCGUUAAAUAUACAGACCUAUAUUUGA